AGUGCUAGAAUGAAUUUCGGCUUGUGCGGCCCCUCAUACCUAUAUGCAUUGCACACACAUUAUGUCCCGAAUCUCCAAAGGGUUGUUCAUAUUAAGUUCAACUGGCAUCUUUUAUGCCCGCUUAUCACAAUAAAUAGCCUCAGCCUACUUUUAUUUGUCAGUAAUUACAGUCAACAUAAUUCUCACAAUACUGACAAUUCCCAUAACACAUGCAUGCACACUGGACUGUUUAAUGUCAUGAUAAACAUGUCACCUGGAAUGAUUUUUCAAAUCAUGUUAAUUUGUUAUUUUCUAGACGGGACCUACAUAUGGAAGAAGGAUGAUGAAGGGGUAUCUCGCCACGAAAGGAAUACAUGCUGCAGAGACACGAAUUGGAUCAAUGCUCAAAACAAUGCAUCAGCCUUACCAUGAAGCAAGACGUCAGGGUGCUCGCAAUCUCAACCCCAUAGCAUAUCAAGCUGAUUACAUGGGUCACAAGGCCCAUACGGACCAAAAUGAAAAACUUGCUAUGUUUGGGGUCACCCGUGUUUUAGCCAUUGAUGGCUUCAGCAAAAAGGUUGUUGCUCAUUCUACAAUGCCUAUAAAAAACAACCUUUCCAUCUAUGAAGAUGUUUUCAGGUAACAGCCUGUAUUGUUGUGAACACUUAAGGGAUUGCAUACACAAGGAUACCACAUUAUAGAAUGUGACUAAAAUGUUGUAGAACGUCUACAUUAUUAUGAACCAUAUUGUACUGCGAAAAACUGAUUUGGAAUGGUUACGCUUAAAGUAAAAAAAAACUUUUUUUUAUGGCCUAUGGUAUGUGGGACCAGGUGCGAGUAGAUCAUGGCAAGGAGUUUUAUUUGACGCUCUUUAUGCAGGAGCUGCUGACAUCUCAUCGCCAUAAUCAGGAGAAAAGGCCUUAUUUGCAGACUUCAUCCACAAGUAAUCAUAUAGUUGAACGUAUCUGGCCUGAAGUAAAUAAUCGUGUAAACUAUCCGCUGAAGACGGCUCUUCUUCACUUGGUGGAUCAAGAGGAAAUAGAUAUGAACGACAGCCUUGUGAGAUACUGUGUGUCCAACCUGACUGGGCAGUUGUGCCAGAUUGGUCUUACAAGGCUUGUGGAGUCACGGAAUGCUCACCGAAUUCCAGGUAAAGGUAUACCAAAUGACUUGGCUGGCCGUGGAUGUCCCAAAAAAAUCCCACAGGAGCUGUUGCCUCAUGCAGUUGACGCAGCAGACCUUUACAGCCAACAGCUGGGAUCCUCACUGACUAGACAUUCAACUUUUGGAGUUGAUCCAUUUUCAACUGAACAGGACAAACUUACAGUUGAGAAUCAGUUUGCCGAGCAAUAUGCAGACAUUUCAGACUUGUUCUCUAGAGCAGUGAACAAUGACUUUGCUCCAUACAAACAGGCAUUGCUCUUUCUUAUAACCUCAACUCAGCACAAUGUGUGAAAAGCCAUUUGCUCUAUUUGAACAGAAUGUAAAUUUGUAACAAGAACAAUGAACACUAAUGACAUCAUCCAGCCCAAACAUGUAAAUAAAUUAAUAUGACUACAACAACUGUGGCCCAAAUUUUUGAAUCAUUAAGACAAACUAACACAACAUACAGUAUCUAUUUCUGAGUAUAAAAGUGCAAAAUGUUACUCCUCUUCAAAAAGAGAUCUCAGAACAGCAAAUGCUUCUGACAGACCAUUAAUUUCGAAUAUGUUAUUGCCUGCGGUGUUCCCUCUGCAUUUUGCGCAGUGCACAGAGGUCUCCUGCCACUGUUCAACACGUUUUGCAGCCAAUAAUGCUUCGGCAACACUCUGUGAAGACUGGCUCCUUGA